AUGGUCAGGUCAGCUUCCUACCCUGACCCUAAAAAGGCAAGUCCGGAGCUCUAUGACAACUGUGAAUGUUUCAUUGGGGAGGCUUGGCAUCAAUUUUCAAGAUGGUUAUCGACGUUCAUUGCAGCCUGGCUUAGCCUCCGGCUGCUACAGUCGAAGAAGAGUGAUGGUUUUUCAGAAACGAUUACUAUCAACCCUGAUGGUCCGCAAAACGCCAAGCAAGAAACAGUACGAUAUGCCGGUCGGACUUUAGACUUGACUUUGUUCGCGGUUACCAGAGCUCUUGAUGUGAUAGUCAGUGAGGCAUGGUCCCGGAGAGGACAACGGAUGGUUGCCACCGGGCAAUGGACUUGGGUUGAAUCUUUGAUAUCGAAGUUGGCUGACCCAACUAUCUUCGCCACAUCUUCCGCCCUUAUCAUGUGGGCGUGGUUCUACUCACCUUCACAGCUACCCAAAGCAUACACGAAAUGGAUCAGCUCGGCCGCGGCGGUAGACUCCCGCCUUAUUGAAGCACUUCGGCGUUGCCACACGGGGAGCUCCAAUACGGUGAGGAAACGGGACAAGCACCGCUCCUCCAAUCAAUGUGCGUAG